AUGGUUAUCGACCUCAUCCCCCCCUGGGAAACCUUCUUCACACCCGGGCAACACACAGAAAUGAGUAUGGUGUUCAGUAUAGAGAGAGUGGGGCCUGAGGUAUUUACCACAUAUUGUCCCAAAUGCGGGGAUGCCAACCUGGUAAACGCCGUCACGAACCAAGACAUCGAAUGUCAAAAGUAUAACAUGGUAUACAAACGCACGCUAUCUGUAAUCAUGAAUCCUCAAGCACCUCCUAUGUUCAUUACCCCUUCCCCAAUCACUCGCAACCUUGCAGGAACAACAGGAUUCCUAGCCGCCGAUGCCCGCUCUCCAAAGCCCCCCAAAAGACGUCAGCCGCAAGAUGAAGAGUCGGAAAUGGCGCUCUUCCGCCGCGUGCGUAUCAAAACCGAAUUCAACCUUCCAGCGCCAAUGAAAAAGUGUUCAUGGGACCCCCGACAAGAUCGGACAUGGAUGGAGGCUCGAGCACGAAGACUGAACUGGGAUCAGAUUCAGCAGGCCCAUUUUCCAUCCAAAAGUCCGAUGAUUGUCGGAGACGGCACGAAUCCUUGA